AUGCCUCGACGGCAGCCCCGCCGGGUACUACCAUCAGCGCGGAACCGGCACGGGCAGCAAGCGGUGGCUCAUCACUCUGGAGGUAUCGUUAGGUGGGGGGAGGGGGAGAGCGUGGCGGCUCGUGUGCUGUGUGUUGCGCGCCACUGCCGGCGUGCAUCGUGUGCGCUCACAUGUCUCCACCUGCUCGGAGCGCUCGGCGCCACUUGGAUGGUUGCGCUGCCGCGCAUUUCAAUGCUCGUUCUGCCACCCGUCUCCCCCUAUGGAAGCGAUUCCGUUUCCCUUGCCGUCCCCGCCGGCCCUUCCUCCCAUCCGAUCGCCUCUCCGUACCGCACACCAUUCAUGUUGCGCCUGCCCGCUUCGUUCCUAACCUUGCCGCGCGUGUGCGAACCGCCUUGUGCCUGCGCGCAGGGCGGGGGGUGGUGCUUCAACAUGCAGCGGUGCGUGCGGCGGAAAGUCACGGGGCUGGGCAGCAGCACCACGUGGCCCAACCCCGUGCCCGGCCAGCCUGGCAAAGCGGCGUCGCCCGGGGGAUCAGCGUCGGCGCUGAUGGGCGGCAUCGGGAGCGCGAACGCGACGGUAAAUCCGCUGUUCUACAACUGGAACGUCGUGCUCGUCAAGUACUGCGACGGCGCCAGCUUCGCCGGCAGCGCUGGCGCCGUGAAGCGCGGCGGCGCCGCCAUGUACGCCAUGGGCGCGGGCAUCCUGAAAGCCGUCAUCCAAGACCUGCUGCAGCAGCGCGGCAUGGCGGGCGCGCAGCAGGUGGUGCUGUCGGGGUGCAGUGCGGGCGCCGUGGCCGUGGCCAUGAAGUGCGACUCCGUGGCCGCCAUGCUGCCCACACCACUGCAGCCGUCCUUCAAAUGCAUCAUGGACGCGGGGUUCUUCCUCGAUGGUCCAGCGGUGAACGGCGACUACUACUUCCGCGGCACCAUACAGACGCUCUUCGCCCUGCACCAGAUGGAGGCCGGCGUGCACCCCGCCUGCGCCAAGUACUACGCGGCGCGCAACGAGACAUGGAAGUGCUUCUUCCCGCAGUACGGGCUGCACUUCGUGCGCACGCCGCUCUUCCUCGUGCAGAGCAUCCUCGACUACUCAGGCAUCGCUAAAACCCUCGCCCCAGAAACCAUCCCCGAGGGCGCUCCCAUCCGCGCAUGCAUGCGGCGCGGCAACGUGGCGGCGUGCCCAAAGAGCACAGCGGAUGUUCUGGCACGGUAUAGUCGCGGCAUGGAGCAGACGGUGCGGGAUGUGGUGAAGGAGCGCAACACGGCGGGCAGCAAGAUGAAGGCGUUUCUCUUCAGCGCCGUGGCGCACUGCACCACGGGGGAUGAUGCGUGGGCUGUCAAUAAACCCAUGAUGUCCAGCCGCGUUGACCUCCCACAAAUGCUCCGGCAAUGGAUUGUCUCUUGA